AUGGCAAAUACUACAGCACACGACAAGCCAACUGAUGGCCAAAAACAGGCUACAGGGUCCGACAAUAAACAUUUUAAAAACUUUCUCCAUAAGCUCCUGGGGCAACCAGACUCGUACAACAGGAAACAGAACUUCACAUUUGGGAAAACUCUCGGUGCAGGGUCGUUUGGGAUCGUUAGGUAUGCCAGGGACAACAACAGCGGCGAAGACGUGGCCGUCAAGAUCAUCUUGAAGAAGACCUUGAAGGGGAACGAGCAAAUGAUUUUGGAUGAGAUGAACAUGCUUGAGGAUUUGCAUAAUCCUCACAUUGUUGGGUUCAGAGACUGGUUCGAGAGCAAGGACAAGUUUUAUUUGGUGACGCAAUUGGCCACUGGUGGCGAAUUGUUUGAUCGUAUCAUUGAGCGCGGAAGAUUCACGGAACACGAUGCGUCGUUGGUGGUUAUACAAAUGUUGGAGGCAUUGGCCUACUUGCAUUCGAAAAAUAUAGUCCACAGAGACAUCAAGCCGGAAAAUGUCUUGUACUUGACCCCGGAACAGAACAGCCCUAUUGUGUUGGCCGAUUUUGGUAUUGCGAAAAGAUUGCAGUCGCCAACUGAAAAGUUGACUUCGCUGGCUGGCUCCUUCGGUUAUGCUGCUCCAGAGGUCAUAUUAGGGACAGGCCACGGGAAACCAUGCGACAUCUGGUCUCUUGGUGUUGUCACGUAUACUUUACUCUGUGGCUACUCGCCCUUUAGAUCGGAAAAUGUCACGGACUUUAUCAACGAGGUGAAACACAACAAUGCCGUUAUCUUCCACGCCGACUACUGGAAAGACGUUUCCAAAGACGCCAGAAGAUUCAUCAUCAAGGCGUUGCAGUACGACCCUGAGAAGAGACCAACUGCGCAGGAGCUCUUGCAGGACCCAUGGCUCGUGUCGAUUGCAGCCCAAUACAAGGAGUGCGACUUGUUGCCAAACUUGAAGCAAAACUUUGACGCCAAGGCCAAGUUUAGACAAGCUAUUGAAGUUGUCAAGUUGAAGAACAAAAUCGAAAAGUUGAAACACUUUCAAACUGCCAACGACGACGACCCUUCUGAGAUUGCCUUGUUUAACGACCAAGGUGAUGUUGACCACCUCGUUCCUCCUGAAAACAAAGACGCAUUAUCCAGUUGGAACAAGUUGAGCGACGCGCUCGACAAGGCCAAAGUCGACCCCACUAGCUCCAGGGCCUCUCUCACGCCAACCAAGCCCAAGCAAGGGUUGCCUGAAAAUGAGAGAACAACUGCUGCAAGCAAUGCAUUUGUGCAAUUGGUGCAGGCUGCCACGGAGAACAAGGACAGAGUCUCAAGCUAUAAAGAGGAAGAAGAGAAGAAAAGUUAA